GCGUGUUGCCAUGGUGAUCACCAGGUCAUCCAGUUCCUCUUUCGUGUACAUGUCGGGUGUUGGUAAAGUUCCUUCCGCGUGAGGAAAAAUGCUUCUCCAGCGAGCGAGGACCACAUUAUUAAAGCCUUUACAUUCUGCAAUGACGGAACAGCCCACCGAUUACUAUAAGCUUCUGUUGUCUUUCCCUUUUCCCACCUUUUGCAUUGCCUUCUACAGUGCAGUUGUUCUAUUGCUGGUCACAGAGCGAUAAAUCUGGGAGGAAGAAUACAACUGGUGGGAUUCAGGUUCUUGGCAUCUGAUCUUUAAGCAGUGUGAAAAAGGCCAGCAGAAAAGAAGAUAUGGAGGGGAAGAUGAAAGAAGUUUUUGUAUAUAUCAGAAAAUACUUCUUGUUUUCCCUCAAAUUUACUUGCAAAUUUUCAUGCAGACAUCCUUUUGUUGCAAGCUUUGCCUUUUUCUUGUUCAUCUUGUACAGUUGUUAUCCUUCUCUAUUUGCUUUUCUUGUUUCUUCCUCUCCUGUCAUUUCUUGCACUGCUCUUCUCCUUGGAAUUCUUCUAAGUUACGGUGAACCAAAUAUUCCUGAGAUAGAAGAAGAUGACAAGAUCGAUAGGGAAGUUUCCUUUCUGAAAGAAGAAAACUCUGUGGAUAACCCCUUUGUCAAGAAGGAUGAAAACAUCACGUUAGAGGACCUUGUUGAUAGUAGAGUUGGCAGUGAGGAAAGGAUUUUCAAAGAUUCAGCUUCUUAUGGUGAGAAAGAAAGAGAAAUUGAUUUGUUGGCCAUUGAUUUGAUGAAAAAACAAUCAGAACCUUACAUGAGAAUGACUGAAGUUGCUGAUGGUGUUAGUGAGGGAAUUGAAGGUCUUAUGGUGAAGGUCAAAAAGCCUGAGUUGGAUGACUGGCUUGAUUCUUCUCUGGGCUCACCUUGGCAACCUGUUAAUAUACGUGAUCCUAGCUUAGACUCUGAAUCUGAUCGGGCUGAGAGUUCAUCUCCUGAUGCUUCAAUAACUGACAUCCUUCCAAUGCUUGAUGAGCUUUCUCCUCUUUUAGAUUCAGAAACUCUUCAUAAUGCUUCAAAAUCUGCAGAUAACUCAGAUUCAGAGCUUUCCCAGCAUCAUGAAUCUGACGAAGACAGUGUGAAGGAAGAUGAAUACAACAAUGAAGAGAAGGAUGAAAGCAAUAAGGUUGUUACAUGGACUGCAGAUGACCAUAAAAAUGUUAUGGAUCUAGGGUCUUCUGAUUUGGAAAGAAAUCGGAGGUUAGAGAGCCUGAUUGCAAGGAGAAGAGCAAGGAAGAAUCAGAUUAUAAUAUAUGAGAAGGAUUUGAUUGACUUGCACAGUAAUGACAUGACAAUGGAUGAUUUAUUUAAUUUCCAACCUCAAAUUCCUCCUAUUUUUGCUCCAAGGAAUCCUUUUGAUAUUCCCCAUGAAUUGGAUGAAUCUAAAGGAUUGCCACCUGUUCCUGGUUCAGCUCCUUCAGUAGUGCAUCGCCGACAAAAUCCUUUCGAUUUUCAAUUUGACAGUGAAGAUGGUAAUAAGGGUCAUGCGGAGGAAAAUUUACACCAAUCUGAGUUUAGAAUGCCUUUCCAAAGAGGUUUAUCUUUCAGAAGACAUGAGAGCUUUGCUUCGCAUUCAGCAUUUCCCUAUAAUCUUUCACAUAAGAAACAUGGUUCUUCUGCAUUGAAUCCUUAUUUUGUUGCAGAGAGGAUGGGUUCAGAAACUAAUGACUAUGUUGAUUUCCAUAGUCAGCUAAGUGAAAAAAGUGAAACAAAGCCUAGUUCUUAUCCUUCUCCGGACACAGUCUCUUCAGCAAUUGACCCCGAUGAUAAGAAGGUGCCUAUAGAACAAGAAACUCAGGAAAGCAUAGCCUUAUCUGUUCCGGUUCAUCGUACUAAGCCUACGGAAAAAUGUUGCCAUACUUACGAAGAUGAUUUAGUUCACUCUCAACCUGAGUUGGGUGAGGAUGGUCAUUCUGUUGAUCCAAUUGCUUCUGCAGUCACUGAAGAAGCUUACCAAGUUAUUGAUGCUUCUGAUAUUGUUAAAAAAAACAUUGAAGAUAUGCAAUUUGGCGAGAAUCAUGAAGUAUUAGAAGGGAAGCAUGAUGAUUUAACCUUAUUUUCUUCAUCAAAAAGUAUUGAGAAGAGCCUUGAUAUAAGCCUUGAUGAAGUACUAGAAACUCACGAGCAGAUUACCAGAGUCUCAAAGGCAUCCAGUGAAUCCAUGCAAUCUUCGGAUGCUUCUGCUAGUCAUCUUAUCUAUGAAACAGGUAGAGUUGAUAUUAAUCAGGCUGCUGUACCCAUCUAUGAUUCUAGUCCCUCUGGAAGCGGAAAUUUUCUUGCCAACAUUUCUGUGCCAGAUGACAAUCUUCUUUAUUCAGACAGAGAAGAUAUCCACUCUAUUUCUACAGUGGAAUCUCAUGUGCAAGAAGAUGCAAUGGAAAGUAUGACCACAGAAAUGAUUGAAUUCAAGGUGGUUCAAGAAAGAGAGUUACAAGACUCAAGGUCUGACACGGGAGAAACUGUGACAUUUUCCUCUUAUAUGAAUCUUUUGGAUGAAAAUAUAUUGGCAUCAAUGGGGAUAUCCGAAACAAGAGAGCAAGAUUUUAAUGAAAAUAGUUCACCAAGAAUUAGUGAAGGUUUUGGUGAUCUAGCCACAUCAUUAGAGAUUGAUCACUCGUCUAGUUUAUCUUCAGCGGAGGCUGAUUAUGAGCCCAGACUUGCUUUUUCUGCUGGUUUUCCUCCAUCAGAAGUAAUGGAGAAGCAUCAAUCAAUGGAGAAAUUUGAAAUGCAGGCAUCUUUUGGAACUUACCUUGAGCAAUCUCUUGUCAGUAAUUUGGAAUUAGGACCUAUUAUUGAGGAGAAUUCAGAAGAUUUCAAAGUUGAAGAAGAGCAUAUGAGCUUGGUUCAGACCAAUACAGCAUCUGCUUCUACUGGUUUGCACAUACUUGAAGGGUCUGAUGUUACUCUAUCUAGUGUUGGGCAGGAAGUAGUCUCUUUGUGUAAUCAAUCAAAAGAAGAAGCCCAAGAUGAAGGCAAUGAAGUUAUACCUUCAAAGAUUUCUGAUCUUGUUUCAGCUAAUGAGGAAAUGUUAAAUGGAUUGGCGAUAGGUGAAUUGUUUGACAGCAUGGAUUCUCUAAAUCAAUCUAUGAUUAAGUCAAAGCCUGAGUUUACAUCAAAUGAUGAUAUUAGUGAUUCACAAGAUGAUGUCAUUAAUGAAUUCCAGAUCAAUCAGGAUGUUAUCUUGAGUAAUCUAAAUGAUUUUCAUUCAGAACAUGGGGAAAUGGAUGAUGAUGUUAGAGAAAUACAACUCAUUGAUGAGCAUUUACUGUCAGAGUUGGACGCAGUUGGUGACUUUCAGGUUGAAGAAUUGAAAUGUCAGGAAUGUCUUCUGAUCGAAUCGCACUCUGAUGGCCAGUUUAUUUGCAGUGAAGAUGAUUCUGAAUUAAGAUCAGCCCAUGUUGCUGAAACGUCCCCAGACAAACCUGUCUCGGCUAAUAACUUUAUCCAUCCUGAUGAGAUGGAUUUAGUCUUGAACUCAGAAGAACCAAGAGAUUCAGGAUUUUUGUUUUUGGAAAUGGUACCUGUUGAAGACUUAACAGUCUAUAAUCCUAAGCACCGUGUUCUUGAAUCAUCUUCUGUUGAAGAACUAGAUUCCAUUUUCAAACAAGAUCUCCCUAGAGGAUUAGCAGAGCCUCCUUUGUCUGAAUCAAUGGUAGACAAAUUAGUAGCAGAGAAGCCUUAUCUUGGGUCGAGAAGCUUUGAUAUAGUUGACCAAGAAAUAGAAGCAAUACUUCAGGAGGCAGUGCUGAUAACUCUUACUGGAAAGAAUGCUGAAGAUAUCAAUUCAGUUUUGCUAGAGGAUGGAAGAGAAUAUGAUGUUUCGGCCUCUCCACAUGAGAGACAGAAAUAUGAUCAUGUUGAAUCUGUUAUUCCUUCUACUUCCGGAUUGACUUCAUAUGCUUCAGCAAUUGCUGACGCUGAAGCUUCAUCCCAUGAAUUAGAUAUAUCCAGCAGAGACUUUCAAAUAAAGGAAACAAAUUCAGAGUUGUUAGUUCUUGAAGCUAAAUCCAUUGAAGAUAUUCGCUCAGCUUUCCAAGAUGUUACUGAAGUUGUUGUCAACAAGCCAAUCUCUCCUCUGAUCAAACCUGAGCCCCACCCAGUUGAUACUGUUGUGGAAGCUAUGUCUCAUGAUGUAAAUAAAACUUCAGAUUUACUGGUAGUUCAAGCAAAAUCCGCUGAAGAAAUAAUUUCAGCUAUGAAGAAGGUUACUGAAGAGAGUUUUUCUGAUCUCGAGGAAACGAAAAAUGGCUUACAUUAUGAAGUCAUGGAACCUAGUUCUCCUGAUACUGAGAAUUCGUCUGAUCUGUUUGUUCUUGAAGAAAGGUCUGCUGAAGACAUCAGAUUAGCUUUCAAGCAAACUACUGCAGAAGUUUCUGCUAUGCCUACUCCUCUAAUUUAUUCUGAGUUGAGUAAGACUAGUCAAGAGCAUGAGGUUGUGGAAGCAAUGCAUCUUGAGGUACAAUAUAAUAUAGAGUUGCCAGUUCCUGAAGAAAAGUCUUCUGAGGAUAUUGAUUCUGCUUUGGAUCUUGAUAUGCCGACUUCUCAAGUUUCUCCUGUGUCAUCGGCGAAUAGGAAUGAUGGCGAGAUUGUGGAUGUGAAGUUGCUUGAGACGCAGAUUAAUCGAGAGCUAUUGGUUCUUGAUGCAAAAUAUGUUGAGGAUAUUGAUUCUAGUUUCAAACCAUCUUCUGAAGGUGGUCUUCUGAGAUCCACCUCGCUUGAAACUGAUCCUGAUCAUGAUUCCGUGAAAGAUGGGUCUUUAAAGGAAACUAUUAAUUCAGAGCUACUUGUUCUUGAAGCAGAAUCUGUUGAAGAAACAAGCUCAACUUUGAUGCAUGCUACUGGAAGAGUUUUUGAUAAGUCUUCUCCUUUAGGUUAUCCUGAGGCAUCAGGAACUUCUGAAGUUCUCAAUGAGAUAUCUCUUGGCCUAGAGAAUGAUUCUGACAUGCUAUCUCCUGAAACAAAAUCUUUCCUAUAUCUGAACUCAGAUUGCCAACAAAAUAUUGAAGCAAAUAUUGUUCAACCAAAUCUCCAGAAGUUUGGAAAUUUUCAACCAGAUCAUGAAGCCAUUGAACAAAGGUCUCUCAACGCAAUGGAUAGACUAGAACUGUUCAAUCUUGAAACAAAAUCUUUUGAAGUCACGCAUUCCACAUUCAAAGAAGCUGCUGUAGAUUUUAUUGGUCAGUCAACUACAGCUCUAGUUGAUCCCAGUCACAACCCAGGACAAGAAGUUCUGGAUGUGAAGUCUCCUGAUACUAGUAAUAUUUCUGAUUUCCCGGUCCUUGAAGAAAAAUAUCUUGAAAAGUUGAAUUUGACAUUUGGACAAGCUAUGGAAGGUUUCCUUCCUAAGCCAGCAUCUGAAGUUGGCGCAGAACAUGAUUCUGUAGGGGAGAGUUGUCUUGCCGCUGAUGAGUAUUCAGAGUUAGUAGUUCUCGAAGAAAAAUCUAUCGAAAACAUACAAUCACCAUUUUCAGAUGCCAAUGCAGGAGUUCAUGAGGGUUCAUCUUCUCUUCCAGUAGAUCCUGAGCCAAAGGAGACUCUCCCAGGCCACGAAGUUGAAAACAAUUUGUGUUUUGAGGCAGAGAACAAUGCUGAGAUGUUAGUCGUCGAUGCAAAAUCGAUCAAAGAUAUAAAUUCUGCCAUCAAUCAAGCUACCAAUGUGGCUAGUUCUCCAUUGCCUGUUGAUUCACAAUCUCUUGGCAUAGGGGAUCCAUCAAGUUCAUUGGUUCUUGAAGCAAAAUCUGUUGAACUUACUGAUUCAUCUUUGAAGAAAGCACAUCAAGAAGAUAGCAACAACUCUGACUUUUUUACAGAUCCUCCACCACUGCAGGCUAACUCAGAUAAAGAUUCGGAGCUGUUAGUUCUUGAAGAAAAAUCUGUAGAAGAUAUUGAUUCAGCUUUAACACAAGUAACUGAAGGAUACCUUGGUAGCCCUGUCACUCUACAAGAUGAUUCUAAGCAAACUGAAACUAUUCCUGAACCUAAGUCUGCCACUGAUAGCAAUGUAGUUGCCAAACAAGACUUUGAAGUAGAAUAUGCUAAGGAGACUAUAGUGGCCUCUGAUGAAGAAGUUACGGGGGAAAAUAGCUCCAGUGAAGCCCUAAUUAAUAGAAGAAAAGAUGGAGAGGAGGCUGGCUCUGACGAUCCUAGUUCUACUGCUCCACCCUCAAUGAAGAUUAAGAAGAAGAAAUUUGAAAAGUCUGAUUCUAGUUCAAGCUCAAGUUCUAGCUCGAGUGACUGAAUGAUGGAAAAAUCAUUUCUUUUAUACAAAAUAGUUUGGGUUUGUUAAUUCUAUCUAUAGUUUCUCUUCGCUUUUACUCUUGUUGGCUUUGGGUUUGCUGGUUUGCAGAUUUUUGUGUUGGUGUUGGGGCUUUUUGGGGUGCUUUUUUCAAAUUUUUUUUAUAUUUUUUUAAUUUCUUAUUUUUUAUGAAGAUUGAGUUGGUUGUUUUAUUCUGGGGAUGAUACAAGUGUAUCCUUUUUAUUGUCACUUGUUACUCUUUUAAAUCUCUUGGAAAAGUUUGAAAUUUGUAAUUGCUCCGUUUGAUGCUGUAAGAAACUUGUUGAAAAAUUUUCAAAGACCUGUGUGGAAUCUUUUCUUUUCA